AUGGUCCAAAAACUUGCUAAAAACAAAGAGGAUGAUGGGGUGAUACAGCUGAAAAGAACUAUUGGAUAUUUCAGUGGUACUAACCUGAUAAUAGGUGUCACAGUGGGUUCUGGAAUUUUUAUAUCUCCAGGUGGAGUGAUGAAAUAUUCACAGUUAGAUGUAGGAAUUGCCAUGAUAGUAUGGUUGCUUGCUGGCUUAUUAACCAUGCUUGCAGCCCUUUGUUAUGCAGAAUUGGGAGCUGCCUUGCCUUUGUCUGGAGGAAAUUACUAUCAUAUAAAAAGAUGCCUUGGACCCAUCCCAGCUUUUAUAUUUUUAUGGACUAUAACUAUGUUCAGAAGACCAGCAUCAGUUGCUAUCAAAGCUUUGACAUUUGCUGAAUAUGCAGUGAAGCCUUUUUAUUAUGGUUGUGCAGCCCCGGUUCUAACAAAGAAGUGUACAGCUUUGGCAUCUGUUUGGCUUGUGUGUUGUCUGAACUGCAUUAGUGUGAAAUGGGCCAGCUAUACCCAUAAUGUAUUCACAGUGCUGAAAGUUGUUGCUCUGGCUAUUAUUUCCAUUGGUGGCUUGGUUGUUUUAACAAAAGGAAAGACGCAAUACCUGGAGAAAGGUUUCAUUGCAAAUGCUCCUGAGGCAUCAUAUAUUGGACAAGCAUUUUAUCAUGCCUUCUUUGCAUAUUCUGGAUGGGGUAUUAUAAAUAAUGCAGCAGAGGAGUUGAAAAAUCCUAGUAAAAACAUUCCCCGUUGCAUUAUGACAGCUAUACCGAUGGUAACAGUAUUUUAUCUACUGGUGAAUAUUUCGUAUUUAACAGUGAUGACACCAAAGGAAGUGGCUUCCUCAGCUUCUGUAGCUAUCACCUGGGCAGACAGAGUAAUUGGCUCAUUUUCCUGGAUCAUUCCCAUGUCUGUUGCCAUCUCCACAUUUGGUUCCAUAAAUGGCUCAACAUUUUCCCAAGGAAGACUCAACUAUGCUGCUAGCAGAGAAGGACAUAUGCCACCCAUUCUUGCCAUGUUGCAUGUAAAAUAUUUAACACCAGCUCCAGGCAUUAUUUUCUCAACUAUAAUCUCAUCUGUUUUCAUCAUUCCUUCCAGUCUGCUUUCACUGACUGGUUAUUUUGGUUUUUCAUCGUGGCUUUUAGUGGGCCUAACAUGCCUUAGCUUGAUUGUUCUUAGGUUUCGGGAACCUACACUUCACAGACCCUACAAGGUGUUUUUACCAUUUGCAUUUGUGAUGGUAGCUGUAAGCUGCUUCUUAGUCCUGGCUCCGAUCAUUCAGUCUCCCCAGCUGGAAUACAUAUAUGCUUUGCUUUUUAUGCUUUCAGGCUUAAUCAUCUAUUUUCCAUUUGUGUAUUUUAAAUUGCAUUUUAAAUUUUUUGACAAGAUCACAUACCACUUACAGCUACUUAUGGAAAUAACUCACUCAGAAGUGUAUGAAAACGGAUCCAAGAAUCAGUAACACAAGUGCUAAUAUUUGAUACAACUGUGGCAGGUGCAACUACAUAUGCAAAGUUUCUAUACUGUUCAGACUUCCUUUAUGAAAAUAUAACAAUCUAGACUGCAAAUGAUUUUUUAAUCCUCACUUUUCUCAGGAUAGUGACUUUUAAAAACAAUGUCUAAUACUAUUGCAAGAUUCCAAAAUAAAUUAAUUUGCAAAAAGUGAAGUUUUAACAUGGCAAAAUUCUGAGAAGGAAUUGUUAAAAUUAGUACUUGUGAUAUAUGAGGUAGAAUAAAAAGAAAACCACACAGCAUGUGUGUGCACCAACAUCUGUUAGUACUUACACAUUCAUGCACAUACACAUGCAUUGACACAGACAUACCCACACAUAAAUGAGAAAUCCUUUUUUACCUCCUAAAAAACUAAUUAGAACAAUGAAACAAUUUAAUUAAGCAAAGCUGAAAUACAACUGUUUAAGUGUGCGUUACAUAUUUGGCCCAUAACCCAAUGUUUGUCUUAUCAUAACACAGGACAUCUGUGUUUACUGAGGUGGAAUUCAUUCUCAUGAUUACAGUCACAUCUAUAUUUUACAGUCAAUAAGACUUAGGAUUAUUUUGUUAUGUGUUAAUGAGUUUCAAGUAUUGACUUCUGUGUUGUUAAGAUGUUAAUUACACAGAUUGAGCAUUCAUAGGGAAUAAACAUUGAUGCAGAAAGCUGGAGGCAGCCAAUUACUGAAGAAAUUCUCCCACAUGACAUAUUCUCAAAAAUAGCUGUCAAGGUUCUAGAAACAUGUUUUGAUUAUAGAAUGCUCCUGUAUUUGUGCAUCAUUGCUAAAAUGAGCUGUCUGUACUGUCUUGUCAAUGUUCCAAUUCUCCAUUCCCAAAUAGC